AUGAGCUGGAGUCAGAUUUCAAGAUUUGGUGCACUGAAAAACUUCCAACUGAAAAAUUGUGCAUUACUGUUGAAAGUUUCUUCUCGUGAGAACCAGUACUUUCUAAGUUGUGACUGCAUGCUUCUGCCUCGAACAGUCAGUAGAAGCUUGUCCUCACAGACUGCAUGCAGCCCAGAGAAAGUAUAUAGUGCAGACAAAACAUGGGCAGUGCAUGAUGCAGACAGAACAUUUGCACUACAAACUACACAUAGAACACAUGCAAUUCAUUCUACAGUCACCAGAAGAAGUUUGCAAAUAAGAAACCCCAUGAAUUUGUACCUGAAUGUGUUGCUGCUGCAUUCCUCUGGCCGGAGAAACUUUAGUACUUCUUCAGCAAGAACAGAUAAACAGAACCAGCUUCAAAGUAAAGAUGCAGCUAUGAGCACAGACAAUGCGGGAGUAAACAGGGAACAGGCAAAACCAGAGACAGACCUAGCCACAAAUGGAUCUGUUAAAGAAGGUGGUGACGCUGUGAAAAAGCUGACACUCUACCAGUGGUUCAAGAAAACUUACAAGGAGCAUGGGAAGAUUCUCGUUGCUGUACAUUUGCUGACUUCAGCAGUUUGGUUUGGGUCCUUCUAUACAGUUGCCCGUUGUGGUGUUGAUGUUGUUUCAUUUAUGGAAAAACUGAACUUCAGUGAGAAAAUUAUCUCUCCAUUUCGUUCUGGUGGCCUUGGAGAUGUGGCUGUUGCAUAUCUGAUGUACAAACUGGCAACCCCAGCCAGGUAUACGGUCACAAUUGGUGGAACCAAUCUGGCCAUUAAGUAUUUACGCAAAGAAGGCAAGAUACCCCACGUGCCUCAUGAAGAUAGAUUCAGAUCUCUCUACACUGAGGGCAAAGAACACUUCAAGAAGAGGUCUCGCAUUCACAUGAGGAGACUGAGAAAGAAGCAUGGCAUUAAAUCGAGGUUUGGACAUACCAAAGAGAAACAUUGA